AUAAAUAAAAUAAAAUAAAAUAAGGUUUUAUCUAAAAUAAUAAUUCACACAGAAAUCACAUCCCUAUCACGUGCAAUGCGUUGUGGUGUCUAUAAAUAACAGCCGAUUAUAAAUUUUUGGCAAUCGCUAGACGUCAAUUGGCGCGCUGGAGAGAUCUCUGUGUGAUCUCUUCGACGCGGGAGAGCCAAUUUCUCAGCCAUGUCGGCCAAGCGGUGAGUUAUUUCCUUAGGGUUAUGGAAAAAUUUAGCGUUGUAUUACUAUUUCAUCUCGGCUGUGGUACCAUCGUUGUCUAUGCUAUGAUUUAUAAUCUUCCUUUUUUUUUUACCGAUUUAAAUCGCGGUAUGGAGAAUCGGUCUUUGUAGGAGGGAAAGCAAAGGCUCUGAAGCAUCCCACGGUUGAUAAGAAAAAUUACGACGAGCUUGCUCAGCUCUUUCUGCCAUGGAAGAGGGAAAGAAGAUUCACAAAUGUAGGAUUUAUCAUCCUGACAGAUUGUUGAUUGUAGAGACUUCAAUGACAUCAAAUAGACUUUAACAUGAUGUCUUACGUACUGGGUUGGAGACUGAUGUGUUUGUUGGUGCGGCCCUAACUGAUAAGUAUGCUGAAUUCAAUUGUGUAGAGACUGCUCGAUAGGUGUUUAAAAAAAUUGUUGAGGGAUGUUGUGUUGGAACACUAUGCUUGCAGCUUAUUCUCAAAAUGGGCAAUCAGAUGAUUCACUUGCUAUUUGCAAGGUGAUGGCGUUUGUUGGGUGGGAUGGAGAUGUAUUCCUUACUCAUAAACCCAGGGUCAUUCCCUAAAUUAGCCAAUGCGGGACUCCCUUCCAACAAUCUUCAACCGGAGAUACUUGUCGUCCCCAUCUCAACUUUAUCCGACAGAUUCUUUCUUCCUCAAAGGAAGGAGCUUCAUGUUUACUGUUGGAGACAUGGAUUUGAAUCGAAUGACAAGGUGAAAACUUCAUUGGUGGAUAUGUAUGCCAACAAUGGCUCUAUAAAUGUUGCUAGGAGUUUGUUUGAGAUGUUGGAGGGAAAGAGGAUAGUCUCUUGGAAGAAUGCCAUGCUCACUGGGUGUGCAAUGCAUGGCCAUGCGAAUGAAGCUUUGGACUCGUUUGAGCAGUUGAAUGGAAAAGCUCUACCUGAUCUUAUAACUUUUGUUGGAGUUCUCGUUGCUUGCACAGCCGUAGGGCUGCUUGAUGAAUGGAAAAAGUACUUCAGAUCAAUGGUAAGUAGACAAUUGAUCAGUCUCUACGCUUGUAUGAUUGAUCUCCUUGGUCAUUGUGGUCACUUGGAAGAAGUUUACAAUCACAUUAUGGAAAUGAUUAGAGCCAGAUGCUGGCAUCUACGGUCUGUUGCUUCACUCGUUCAAAAUACAUGGCAAUGUGGAGAUGGGUGAGCUAGCAUUAGAGAAGCUGAUUGAGCUUGAAUCCGAUGAUGACAGAAACUAUAUGGUUUUAUCGAAUAUGUACACGCUCAAGCAGGUAAAUGGGAAGGAGUUGCAAGACUAAGGGAUCUCAUGAUGUGUAAAGGAUUGUAGAAAAGUAUUACUUGUAGUUGGAUAGAAGUGAGAAACAAAGUUCAUGCCUAGGGAAGUAAUCUAUGACGAGUUAAAAUGGAUAGGGAAGUA